GGAAUGAGUGUGGAAGUCGAGGGUUGAGCGCAAGUGGAGGCUGAACGUCAACAAAGUCGAGGCGGGUGAGCUGUCUUCUCCCUCCACCAUAUAUCUUGGCCACCAUGACCAAGGACGCCACCAAGACGGAGAAGAAGGAGGCCAAGAAGGAGGAAGACAAGAAAGAUGGCGAUAUUAAAGAGGAGUUGUCUGAAGAGGACAAACAGCUGCAAGAGGAGUUGAACAUGUUGGUGGAAAGGCUGCAGGAGUCUAAUGCUGAAUUGUACAAGCCAGCGCUUGAACAAAUCCGGUCUCUCAUUCGUUCUUCUACUACCUCUAUGACAAGUGUACCUAAACCACUCAAGUUUAUGAGACUGCACUACCAGACUAUGAAGGACAUAUAUGACAAAAUAAAGGAAAGCAAGUUGAAGAAGUUUACUGCAGAUAUUGUAUCGGUAUUGGCCAUGACCAUGUCCGAGGAACGCGAGUGUCUUAAGUACCGUCUUCUGGGCCAGCGUGGUGACGUAGGUGACUGGGGUCACGAGUAUGUCAGGCAUCUGGCAGGUGACAUUGCCCAAGAAUGGGAAACCCUCGGAGAAGAUGAUGAUGCUCGACGGGCUGAACUAAUUAGCGAAGCCCACGUUAUUGUCCCUUACCACAUGCAACAUAAUGCUGAGGCAGAAGCUUGUGAUCUUCUUAUGGAAAUGGAACAGUUAGAUCUUCUCACUUCUCAGGAUUAUGUAGAUAAGGAUGCAUAUCAUCGUGUUUGCCUGUAUUUGACAAGUUGUGUGCCAUAUGUACCAGACCCAGAGAACACCAACCUGCUCCAGACAAGUUUGCAACUUUACCGUAAAUUUGGUCAGUAUCCGCAAGCUAUGAGGCUUGCUCUGCAGCUCCAUGAUCUGGAUCUCAUCAAGCAGCUCUUUGAUGAAUGCCCAGAUAAGUUGGUAAGGAUGCAAGUAGCAUUCAUGCUGGGAAGGCAGCAAGUGUUCUUGGAACUUCCUGAAGAGAUGGAUGAUUAUGAAGACUUCACAGAAAUUCUUUCGAACUCUCAUCUUAAUACCCACUUUCUGUCUCUCGGUCGUGAGUUGGAUAUCAUGGAUCCCAAGACCCCAGAGGAUAUAUACAAGUCCCACUUGGAGAACAAUCGUCCUACCUUCGGGCCGGGACAAGUAGAUUCAGCUCGACAAAAUCUUGCUUCAUCUUUCGUGAAUGGAUUUGUGAAUGCUGCCUUUGGAACAGACAAACUACUGACUGAAGAUGGAAAUAAAUGGCUGUAUAAAAAUAAGGAACAUGAUUAGCGGCUAUGUUACGUCAACUCGCUCAAUACCACGCUAAAGAUCCUAACAACCUAUUCAUGGUGCGUCUGGCUCAGGGACUAACUCACCUUGGCAAGGGCACUAUGACACUCUCCCCCUACCACAGUAACCGCCAGCUCAUGUCACCAGUUGCUGUGGCAGGACUGCUGGCAACCUGUGUGGCAUUCCUUGAUGCUAAAACCUUGAUUCUGGGGAAGAGUCACUACCUCCUGUACAGCCUCACCACGGCCAUCCAGCCCCGGAUGCUGGUUACCUUUGAUGAGCUACUCAACCCUCUACCUGUGUCUGUCAGAGUUGGCCAGGCUGUUGACGUGGUUGGUCAGGCAGGGAAGCCCAAGACCAUCACAGGGUUCCAGACACACACAACUCCCGUUCUGUUGUCGCACGGAGAACGUGCCGAACUUGCUACCGAUGAAUAUAUUCCUCUGACAUCAAUCAUGGAAGGUUUUGUCAUUCUCAAGAAAAAUCCCGAUAUUGACACUUAAGAAGGAUGGGGUAGGGUAGAGGUGUAUUCUUUAUUAUUAUUAUUAUGCAAGUACAUUAUUUUAUCAUCAAAUCAUCAUUGUGACAGGUAUUAGUUUAUCCUCCAAAAAUGUUUUAUGGAGGAACAAGAACAGAAUUUUGAAAUUGAACUUCAUACAUUUUAUGUAACUGUGCACUUGUCAUUAUUUGUAUUUAAUAAACAAAAGCUGUAAA